UCAUAGCUUCGCGCAUUGGUUUUAAAGCGCGAUUGGACGCGUUUAAUCGACCAAUCCAUGCUCAACACACUUGAUACCAAUAAUCUAUGAUCGAAUCGCGCGUACCACACUGCUCAUAAGAAGAUCAUGGUGCUCUUCAAGCGAAAACCCGUCCAAUACCUCCCGCGGCCAGUCAUUGAGGAUGACAGCUCCGAAGUCUGGGUAAUUCCAGAAACCAACGAGGUCUUUACCGACUACGAACCGUAUCUCCAGCGCAUGGACUUUUACAAACAACGCCGGUUUAUUUGUGAGAUUACUGGUCAUUCGGGGUUGACAUUUUUUGAAGCGCUCAGAAGCGAAGUACGUGCCGGGAGUCCAGGUCUUUCCGUUUCGCCAUUGCUCCAUACUAAAAACAACUCGUCUCAGAUGGAUGAGUCGCGCGAGGUCAAUAGUGCUUUCCCGGAAGCGCUGAAGGAACCUAUUUUACGCCGGAUACAGUUUUCGACGGUGUCUAGGGUGGAUAACCUGGUGGAUGAGAUUUAUGAGGAAUUCAAACAGGAUUUUUAUCCCGGUGAACCCGUCUUAAUCCUACUUACGGACAACACACGACUUCAUGGUAUUAUCAGAGACAAGGCCAACUUUGCGGAACAGCUGAACCCCGACGGAACCGUGAAAACUCCCGCUUAUGCCCGGUAUCUAGUCAAGGUCUCCGACAGUGGUAAUGAAGAGGCGCUGCUAGACCAAGAGCACAUUACACGUGAUCGGAAGACGUUUACCAAACAGAUGCUACGUGCUUUUAUCAAGAACAACGUUACGAGGGAAUCUUGGAGUGGUGCCCCCUGGUUGGUCAAACAAUCCAUUGCGGAUGACUACAGAAUCCCAACGGAGGUGCCGAAGCAUUUGCAAUAUGGCGCCAAGGUUGCUGAAAAGAAGGCCAUGAAGAAAGCAGACCAGGACGGAUUCUUUGGCUUCUUCGCAUCGCAGCAACUACCGGAACUGAAACCCGCAGUCAAAGGACCAAAGGCCAAACCCUCCCCACAAGAACUGGCUCGAUCGAGAGAGGCGCAAUUCCUCGAAUAUCAACGUUCGCUUAAUGGAAACCCAACCUUUGUCGUCAACAAUGGCGGUGGCAAUGGUGUUACUUCUACCGUCGACACGCCAAUCAUUAACACCAAUGCUCCAACCACACCUACUCCUGCUGCUUCUACACCAACUCGGCCUCCAAAGUCCCAAGAAUCUGACAAAAAGGCCCAAAAUUCCGUCCCUGUUAUUAAGAAUGAAACCCCUAAGCAACCUUCUCCGCCACCGAUCAAAUAUCCAAUCGAAGACCUAGACAUUGCGCCUGUCCGUGAAAACAAGAAACAGCGCCCAGCAUUCGAUUUCCUGGCCGCUAACGAGACCGAUGAUGUGGAUGACGAAGACCUUUUGCACGAUGGUUUCCGGUCAGAUUCAGUGGGCUUAUUACUAGAGACCUGGAACACUCUUAACGUGUAUUGCGAAGUGUUUCAGCUGGACUCGUUUACAUUCGAUGAUUUCCUCCAGGCCAUGCGGUUUUCUUCAGAGGAUGUGGAUUGUCAACUCUUUGUGGAGAUGCAUUGCGCUGUUCUAAAGAAGUUGGUCAACUCCGAGAAGGACCAGAAUGGAGCAGUCCAGAUCUCCUUGCCGGAUCUGCCCGCGGAGGAGUCCGACGAGUCCGACGAGGAAGAAAACGAAGAGGAAGAGAGCCCUGAGCCGGAGCCGGCUGUGACGCGUAUGACUACACGAAGCAGCUUGGCCAAGGCAGAGGCAGGUAAUUUGAGGGAGCAAGUAGACCGCAGCUGUUCCAGUUCCGAAGAAGCCCAAAUUCACCGUGCAGCCGAAAUGCUGAAGGACUAUGGUUGGAUCGAUCGACUACGCAAGCGGGAUUUUCGUAACGGUGGAUGGGAGAUGGUGAUGAUCGGUCUCUUACACCAGUUGUCAUCCCGUCCUCGGAUGGAAAAAGUUUGUAACGAUAUCCUCAAACACCUGGCUCCACUUGAUGCAGAGCCAACACAGGAAACCGCACAACGCCAAUAUGCAACCCUUGAUAUCAAUCUUCGCGUGCGGGCUCUUGAGAUCAUUUGCAUGCUCAGUCUGGAGACCAAAGCUAUCAGGACCUAUCUCGAAGAGUGCAGUAACCAGAUGACAGAGUUCCGUAAGGAGAAGAUUGAAUAUCAACGGGCCCGGAAAGCUGCACUGGAAGAGCUCCGUCGGUUGCACCAGGAGCGUAAGACUCUCCAACCAGAACCGGAAAAGUCACCGUCGCCUGUACCGGAAUUGGAAGAAGGUCAAGAAGACUCAAAAAUGACAGGCAUUGACGGGGACUCGGAGGCUCUGGAAACUGACGAUGAAGAUGCUGUCAAGAAAGGGCCAUCUCUUCGUGGAGGCACCGACAGAGCCAAUGAACGAAAACGCAGGCAGGAAGUGGAGCGCGAGAGGAAGGAACAACUGGCCAAACAGCCUAAGGGGUCCAAGCAAUACCAAAAGGUGCUCAAGAAGAUUGAUGAGCUAAAGGUCACCAUAGAAAAACUUGAAAAGAAGAUUGAAGUGGUCGACAAUGACCUAAGAGAAGCCGAUUGCCCGCGCACCCGAUGUCUCGGAAAGGAUCGAUUCUGCAACCGGUAUUGGUGGUUUGAGCGGAACGCGAUGCCUUAUGGCGGUAUGCCCGACAGUUCUACGGCCGAAGCUCAAUACGCCAACGGUCGACUCUGGGUCCAAGGCCCUGACGAGAUGGAGCGGGCUGGAUUCAUCGACGUGCCUGAGGACAUCAAGAAACAAUACCAGAAGGAAUUCCAGAUGACGCCCGCCGAGCGCAAGGUGGCCGAAGAAGGGGACACCAGCGUCUCGAAUGCCUGCGAAUGGGGUUACUACGAUGAUCCAGAAUCCGUCGAUAAAUUGAUCGACUGGCUGGACUCGCGCGGUAAUCGGGAGCUGAAGCUACGGAAGGAGCUCAUCACGCAACGCCAUAUCAUCGUCAAGUACAUGCAGCACCGUCACGAGUAUCUGGGGCAAACUGCUGAACGUGCUGAAUCGGAGGACACGGCUAUCAAACGGGUAUCAACACGGAAAAGGACUUACGUUGGCGACCGCAAGCACCGCUGCUUAGCCUGGCAGAACACGACUGCUCUGUCGGAAAAUGGACACCUCCAUGCUGAUGUUGCUCGGCCGACCAAGCGAGCCAAACGAGCCACGGACGACCCCAAGGAGCUCAAGGCGACCAGUCGACAAGGCAAACCGCUAACGCGACAAGGCACACGGUAUAACUUUUGAACAUCUUGAUUCUCUUUACUUUUGGGCUGUGUUAUUUUCUUCUUGAAUGCAUAAGGCGUUGGGUUUGACCCUUUUUGAGACAGGGCUAACAGCAAAGUUGUGCGUAACCGUUUUGGGGCGGCCACAAAAGUGCUUUCACCCUUUUCCGCGCAUGAGAGACGAGACCAUGAUACUUAUUCUCUUCUUUUCUUUUCUUGUUUUUGUUUGGAGAU